AUGGAUGUGGUGCCCUGGGGGCCCGAUCCCACCUGGGUGAUGCUGGUCCCUGCCCUGGGGGGGGCUCUGGGUGGCCCCCGCCACGAUCUGGGGAUGUAUAAAGGAGUGUUGGGUCCAGCCGCGCACAGAGGCCGUGGCCAGUUUGCCAUCGUACGGAAAUGCCGGGAGAGGAAAACGGGUCUGGAAUACGCGGCCAAAUUCAUCAAGAAGCGUCGGCUGUCGUCCAGCCGUCGGGGCGUGAGCCGGGAGGAGAUUGAGAGGGAGGUGGACAUCCUGCGGGAGAUCCAGCACCCCAACAUCAUCACGCUGCACGACAUCUUCGAGAACAAGACGGACGUGGUGCUGAUCCUGGAGCUGGUCUCGGGUGGCGAGCUCUUUGAUUUUCUGGCUGAGAAGGAGUCCCUGACGGAGGAGGAGGCCACCCAGUUCCUCAAGCAGAUCCUGGACGGGGUGCACUACCUGCACUCCAAGCGCAUCGCCCACUUCGACUUGAAGCCAGAGAACAUCAUGCUGCUGGACAAGAACGUGCCAAACCCUCGCAUCAAACUCAUCGACUUUGGCAUUGCCCACAAGAUUGAAGCUGGGAAUGAAUUCAAGAAUAUAUUUGGGACACCGGAGUUCGUAGCCCCAGAAAUCGUGAACUACGAACCCCUGGGGCUGGAGGCCGACAUGUGGAGCAUCGGGGUCAUCACUUACAUCCUGCUGAGCGGGGCCUCCCCUUUCCUGGGGGAAACGAAGCAAGAGACCCUGACCAACAUAUCCGCUGUCAACUACGACUUUGACGAGGAGUAUUUCAGCAACACCAGCGAGCUGGCCAAGGACUUCAUCCGCCGCCUGCUCGUCAAGGACCCCAAGAAGCGGAUGACCAUCGCUCAAAGCCUGGAACAUCCUUGGAUUAAGGUGAUCAAGAGGAGGAACGUCCGCAAUGAAGACAACAGCAAGAAGCCUGAGCGCCGCCGGCUGAAGACCACACGCCUGAAGGAGUACACCAUCAAGUCCCACUCCAGCAUGCCGCCCAACAACACGUACAUCAACUUUGAGCGCUUCUCCAAGGUCAUGGAGGAGGUGGCUGCAGCCGAGGAGAGCCUCCGAGAGCUGGAGAGGAACAAGAAGUCCUUCCAGGAGGACAUCGAGGCCCUGCUGUCCAUCUAUGAGGAGAAGGAGUCGUGGUACAAGGAGGAGAACGAGAGCAUCAGCCAGGACCUCCGCCAGAUCCGGCAAGAGCUGCAGAAGACAGAGGCCCUGAAGAAGCAGGCGCAGGAGGAGACCAAGAGCGUAGUGCAGGUGGCCAACGGCCUCAAGAGGCGGUACCGAAAGUUGGAGAACCACUACGAGGCGUUGGCCAAGCAGGUGGCCUCAGAGAUGAAGUUCGUCCAGGAGCUGGUGUGGUCCAUCGAGCGGGAGAAGCUGCAGAGCGGUGAAGGAGACGGCAGCAUCCGCUAG